AAAUGAAAAAGAAGAAGCAUUUCAUUGAAUUUUCAUAUUGUUGAUAAAUUGAUUUGGACCGAGUACAAGUUUUGUUUAGUAAAUUAAGUGGAAACAAUUUAUUUAAUCAAAAUAAUUUAACAAUUUUAAAAGCAUAAUGCGAGAAACUUUACAUGUUUGUGGCAAAAUAUUAACAACAGAUGACUACCACUUCUUUGCUCUCUGCUGUGAAAAAUGUGAUGCUUCCUUCGGUCAGUGGUCAGGAUUCCUAAAACACCUGAGCAAUAAACAUGAUCUAGAAUUGCCGCUAAGUAACACAUUCAUAAGGGAGAAUGAACAAAAUCCAGAAUGUGAUGAAUUAACUAUAAAAGCUAAUCUGAAACAAGAAAUGGAAAAUGAGCUAAAUAAACAAAUGAAGGUUGAUGCAGCAGAGUAUGAAAGUAAUGAUGGUUUGAGCGACAGUGAAACCGAGGUUAAUACCAAAAAACUUGAAACUCAAGAAGAGUUUCAAGACAUUGAUUGUGCUAGCACUAAAUCUGAUGAGUCGACAAGUGGCUGGAACAUGGCGGAAGACAACAAUCACUUGGAGGACACAUCGAGUGAAGAAGAACUAUUUCAGGAUUCUAAGAAAAAGCUUAAAUCGUUCAAUUUUAAUAUUCAUGAAGCGUAUACUCGGGACAUCUCCAAUAAGUUUCUUAAAAUAAUAGAAAAAUAUCCAAUUUUAUGGGAUCAACAGCACUCGAAUUACUGGUUGCCUGAAAAACGCACCCGAGUGCUCUUUUCGAUUAAAGAAUAUAUGGCUAAAGCGGGUUACACAGUUAGUGAUUACGGACUACGAAGCGUAAUUCAACGGAUAUUACGCGACCAUAAAGCUUAUAAGCAAGAACUUGCUGUUUGUGGGCGCUUAGACGAACAAAAAACUCUGUUUUUAAAGAAAUGCAAAUUUUUGGAUGGUCCACAGAAUGGCACCGGUACUACAAAUGAAGCAGAAAACGAAUCAGAUGCGGACGAUCAUCCGAUUCCCGACGACUUAGACGAUGAUGAAUUUUUGAUGAGCUCCGAUAUAGAUUCAAAUGCGGGAAAUAAUUCCUCUGAAAUAAAUGCGUUUUUAAAGGAAUCGCGUGAUGGAAAACGCAUCUGUUUCAAUAUGACUGUAAAUCCACUAAUUGAUGAGUUCGUCAGCUUAUUGCGCGACAAUCCAAUAUUAUGGGAAGUGGGUCAAUUUCAAAAUUUAACCGAACGUAAACGCAUUUUAGAAUCAUGGAUACCAAUUUUCCAAGAACGUCAUAAUGUCAUCUUUACCUAUAAGGAUCUUACAUUGAACCUAAAAAUACUACGCAGAACACUCACCAAUAUGGAAGAACGAAAGGUACUGGCUAAAUCUGCGCAACAUCUCAAGGAUAUCUGCAGCUUCCUGCCAAAAGCCAAACCAAUUACACGUCUCAAGUGUGAAGAGUGUAAUCGUAAUUUCCUCACAGAAUACACCUUGCAAGCGCAUAAGUAUGCCGCACACAACAUCGGCACUAAUCCAUUCAAAUGCGAGGUGUGCGGGCGUGAUUUUCAGGCGCACAAUCAGUUAGAUACACAUUUGCGUCGUGUGCAUCUAAAACAGUUUUCCGUUUAUUGUGAUGUCUGCAAUCGUGGCUUCUUACAGCACAGUGCAAUGGUGCUACAUCGCCAAACACACACCGGUGAGAAAAUGUUCGUAUGCGAAACGUGUGGCAAAUCGUUUAGGCGUAAGAUUAAUAUGCAACAACAUUAUAUGCGUAUACAUUUGCGUCAACGUAAUUUCAACUGUGAAUUGUGUCCUAAAACAUUCUACUUAAAAUGCCAUCUACGCGAUCACAUGAACGCUCAUUUGAAUAUUCGUAAUCACAUUUGCCCUACCUGUGGUAAGGCUUUUCACAGUAGUCAUGCGCUAAUGCGACAUAAGCAAAUACACUCAGAAGUUAAGCGUUACGCGUGCAAGCUUUGUGAUGCACGUUUCCACCAAUUUGUAGGUCUGAAUUCACACAUGAAGAAUAAGCAUAAAUUUGUAAAUGAUAAGGAUGAGGAAGUGCAAUCGCAACCUGUGGUGCAUAUGACAACGCUGCCCGCAACCACAACACCUGACACUUCCAUGCAAAUCAAGGGUGAAAUUGUACAGUCUUUGGACAGUUGGAAUAUGUAAAUUUAAAAUAGUCGAUUUAAGGUAAUUUUAGCUCUUUCUUGUCUUUAGUAAUUAGUAUUAGCAUUUGUAGUUUUAAUUUUAAUUUUUGCUUUCUUAAUACAAACUCAUUUGCGUGCACAUUAAUUGUCUAAUAUAAAGGAGCGUGGAUGUGUAGACAUUCAAUAUAUAAAUAAAUAAUAAACCAAAGUACUUUUUUGUAGUAUCAAAGGA